UUGCUUUGACAAUGUAAAAAUCUUGUAAAUUGUAAUCAUUCUCAACUCUCAAGAAACAACAAUUGCAACGGGGACAGUUAUUUACUUGCCAGUGCGCUACUCACCAGCGGGCAGCAGCCAACAGUCGCUAUGACUUUAAAACGGUGCGUUUAAUCUGUCCAGGGAAACUAUAAAAGUCUCUGCUGUCUACAAGGCAAAUUUUCUAUAGCUGGCUAGCGGAUAGGCCGGCCACACGUGUUGUAUUUGAGGCUGAAUUCUUUGUUUCAUGCACUCACACUGUUCGAAGAAAAUCCCUUGAGAACCUCAAACACCAUAAUGAUUCCAAAGCCGCUGCGCCCCCUGGCUACUGGAGCUGCUAUUUUCUUGGGCACUGUGGCCGCUCUCAAUAUCACUUCCUCUAUAGCUAUCGGCACUUUUCGCUAUGCCACUGAGCUCAAACUGAAAAAGGACGCAUUGCCUUGUGGAGUAUGCAGAGGUAAGGGGUAUUAUAUAUGCAAAUUGUGCAAAGGCAAUGCUACUAUAAAGUGGUCGCCUUUACACGAUCCCAUUGCUAUGAACCCUUGUCUUUGCCCUACUUGUGAUGGUAACAGGGUUCAGCGCUGUCUAAACUGCCUGGGGAAGGGAUACAAUUGAAUUUUAAGAUGUGGGAAGCCAAGGAUAUGUACUUUAAGAAGAUGUUCAAUGGUUGAUUUUUCUCCAAGCUUUCUAAGUAUCUGUUACUUUGGGAACGGCACCGGCUAGCAGUGAGGUUACAUAUCAAUGAUUUUAAGUAGGAAGCAAGGAGAAAGAAAGUAUUUCCCUCAUUGUCAUAGGAUAUUCAUUGUAAGAGUUCUAUUGUUCGUUGCUCUUUAUGUCAACUAAUUUCUCUCGUAGAAUCCAACAGUAUGGUGAGGUGAGGUUCUGCAAUUCCCACUGCAGUAUUAGUUGGGAUAAUUUUAUCAUUUGAUUUUAGAAUAUAUUAAAUAAUUCUAUUGCUGCUUAUGCUGCCCACUUGCAAGCC